AUGGAUUAUGAUGACUUAUAUAAGGUUUUACCAAAAGACCCUAAAAAAUGGAAACUUGAUGAUGUUACUAUUUGGUUGAAAUUUAUUGGAUUAUAAGACUUGGAUGUUAAUUUUAGAUAAAAUUCUGUUGAUGGAGCAUUAUUGAGUACAUUAGAUGAUAAUGAUUUAAAAGAAAUGGAAAUAGCAGAAUCCUCAUUGAAAAUUAAAAAAUUAGUUUAAUGUAAUCAAUAUAUAUUAUUAAAGGGAUUAAAAUUGGUUUCAAAGAAUAUUCUGAAUAUUUGAAAUAAAAAGAAAAAGAUUAGACUUUUGAUUCUCAAAAAUAAAUUAUUAAUCAAUAAUAUGAUGAAAAUAAUGCAUCAAAUAAUCUUGUUGUAUCUAAUCAAUUUAAAAGAAGUUCAAUUAAAGCUGCAAUUUUUGAAGAUUAAAUCUAAAGUAAUUAAUCAUUCAAAUAAACUGUAUAAGAAGUCAAUAAUGUACAAGAAAUUAUCAAAUCAACAUAAAUGAAAUAAGAAUGUAGUCCAUAUUUAUUUAAUAUUAAUAAUGGUAAUUAAAGAAUCUUAAUUCCAAAGGAAGGUAUUUCUAUUGGCCGAAAUCCUGAUAAUACAUUAGUACUUAAAGAAGAAUAUGUUAGUAGAUAACAUUGUAAGAUUUUUUAUAAAGAAAAUAAUGGAAGCUUUUAUUUAUAAGAUUUAGGAUCUUCAUCUGGAACUUAUGUCUAAUUAACUAAUCCUACUUUAUUAAAGGAAGGAUUGAUUUUACAUAUGGGUUUGGGCUAAUUUUUAAUAUCUAAAAUAAAAAUUCAAGGAAACAAAUGUUCUGUUUUUAUUAGAGUUUUAGAAGGGAUUAUGGAAAAUAAAAAUCUUGAUUUUGAAUUAACUUAAGAUUAAACAGCUCUAAUUUUUGGAAGAUAGAUGUCUAUGUUUGUUGAUGACACUGUAAUUAUUCUCAAAUUUAUUUAAAUAGCAUUUAAGUGGUCAACAUGCUUAAUUUACAUAUAUAGAAGAAGGAUUAGUUAUAGAAGAUUUAGAUAGUAGAAAUGGAACUUGGUUAAGAUUGAGUCCACCACACAAACAAAGUGAACCUGUAAAAUUAAUUGAUGGAAGGAGAUUUAGAUUAGCAUUUGAAUAGUUUUUUGAAUUUCAUACAGAAUGA